CAUCUUACUUUUUCUCCGCAAAUCCGCAAUAAAUACACCAACGAAGAAUUCGGAAAACCAACUCACAUGAACAAAGGAGACAAAAUAAGCUGAAGUGAGAAAAGAGGCUGUAGAGAGGAGGAGGAGGAGGAGAAGAGAAGGGAAGAAAUGAAGCAUAUUUUUUUCAGAUACCGUCAACCUGCUCCCCCCACGAUUUCCCGUUCAAAUUGCUCAGUAAAGGGCCGGUCACAAGACCCCCGGCUUGAGAUGAUGACCGUCAACCUUCUAAAUCACCACCGCAUGCGUCCUUCUUCAGAUAUAAAAAGCGCUUUUAGAGAAAUCAUCAUCUUCUUCAGCUAAAUCACCACAGCAAAAGAAUCCCUUCGCCUCAGAAGUCACAUUACAGCAGCUGUUAGAGAAAUCAUCCACAGAAGCAUCUCUUGGCCGCAGAAAUCACAAUACCUACGAGCGUUCUAGAGAAAUCAUCCGCAGAAGAAUCCCUUCGCAGAAGAAAUCACACUACAUAUACCCUACUAAUCUUCCCUCGCUAAAGGUUUAAAAGCUUCUCUCUUCUUGAUAUUCAACGCAAAUACACACUGCACAACUUGGGGACUACACGAGUUGUGCUAUACACACGGGCACAACUUGUAGACUAUUGAAUACCCUACAAUUUUACUUCUCGUUUAUUAAUUUGUGUGUAUUUGAUUUUCUCACUUGAAAUUCACUAACUUCUCAAACAUCAUUGCCUUUUUUGCCUUUUUUGCACAUGUGUUUCACUUCCAUGACCUAAAGAAAGAUUAAAGGAUGAGGAGAAUAUCAAAAUUGUGGUACACUGGCACAAGAUUGGAAAAGAAUCAAAAUGGGAAACUUAAAUUAAUAUAUACUGUAUUCACUCUCAAGUCGCAACUGAAACAGUUCAAAUGUCAUUAUUGCUUUGACCGGCAAUACAAAGAUAAUGUACAACUGCUUGCUAUUUUGGAUAAAAUAUUAAUUUGGAUAAAAUAUUUUCUAAUUUAGUAAAAAUCUUAUAUACACCACGAAAUGAGCAGAUUAGUUUUCUUCAACAUUCUGCAAUAGGAAACAGAGAGGUGAGUUAAUACUCAUUCUUGCAUGCCCUACAACUCAGAAUGUCUUGUAAACAUUCAAGACCAAAACAAUUUGGUGUGGGAUGUUGGUGUCCCGAUUUCUUUAUUGCAAACAUGUUGGGACCGGGGCUGUACUUGCCUCACAGUUAGAAGGAUGAAUGACGGGAGAUUGUUUAUCCUCCCGAGAAAGCACAUAGCCUUUUUUGAAAGGCUUUUUCAAUCCCAAGCAGUAGACCCACCGGCGCCGCAGACCCGCCAGCGCCCACAGACCUGGGGCCUGCAGAACCGAUGCCUGCAGACCCGACACCCAAUUGGGUGGGAAUGAGUUUGGUUGCCAGUUUUGCCUUAAUCAAUAUUAAAACAACAACGAUGAUAUCCUCAAGCUCAUUUAAUUUUUGAUUCAAGUGAAAAAGGUGAUCGAUUUAGCCUCCAAAAUUUGGAAUGCUUUCAAUGGUAUGUUUAGAGGUUAAAUACUUUUGGUUGUAACCUGAAUUUCUUGUAAUAAUGUGCUUCAGAAAUAAAUGUAUACAACAGACAUACACCAGACGCUAUAACUAAAUUUCAAAUUUAACCUGUAAACAUACCAUCGAAAGCCUUCCAAAUUUUGGAGGCUAAAUCGACCACCUUUUCACUUGAUUCAAAAAUUAAAUGAGCUUGGGGAAAUCAUUGUUGUUGUUUUUAAUACUGAUUAGGGCAAAACUGGCAACAAACUCAUUCGCAAAACCGGGUCUGCAGGCGCUGGGUCUGCAGGCCUCGGGUUUGUGGGCGUCGGCGGGUCUGCGGGCGCUGGUAGGUCUGCUGCUUGGGAUUAAACAAGCCUUUCAAAAAAGGCUAUGUGCUUUCUCCGGAAGAUAAACACCCUCCCGUCAUUCAUCCGUCUAACUGUGAGGCUGGUAUGACCUCGAUCUCAACAUGUUUGCAAUAAAGAAAACGGGACACCAACAUCCCACAUCAAAUUGUUUUGGUCUUGAAUUAUCAAGAAAUUUCUGAGUUGUAGGGCAUGCAAGAAUGGGUAUUAACUCACCUCUCUCCGUUUCCUGUUGAAGAAAACUACUCUGCUAAUUUCCUGGUGCAUAUAAAUUUUUACUAAAUGAGAAAAUAUUUUAUCCAAAAUAGCAAGCAGUUGUACAUUAUCUUUGUAUUGCCGGUCAAAGCAAUAAUGACAUUUGAACUGUUUUAGUUGCGAGUAAAUACAGUCUAUAUUAAUUUAAGUUUCCCAUUUUGAUUCUUUUUCAAUCUUGUGCCAGUGUACCACAAUUUUGAUAUUCUCCUCAUCUUUUAAUCUUUCUUUAGGUCAUGGAAGUGAAACACAUGUGCAGAAAAGGCAAUGAUGUUUGAGAAGUUUGUGAAUUUCAAGUGGGAAAAUCAAAUACACACAAAUUAAUAAACGAGAAGUGGAAUUGUAGGGUAUUCAAUAGUCUACAAGUUGUGCCAGUGUGUAUAGCACAACUUGUGUAGUCCCCAAGUUGUGCCAGUGCAUUUGCAUGGGAUGAAUAUUUUUGGGUGAAGAAACAUCAGCAAUUCGAACAUCAUCCACCACCCCAUUAGCCGUGGCUGAUGUGUCCAUCGAGCCUAGACUGUUCGGCGAAGCAGGUACCGGUGUAGCAGUCCGAGAUGAACUAACCGGAUUGGAAUGCGCCGAAGUAGUAGUCGGUGAGGAGGGGAUCGAGAUUUGUCGGAGUGGGGUCACUGGAGAUGGACGUUCGCCGGAGUUCCAAAUUGCUAGGGCGACUUACCCCGACCAUGGUUAACCCAGCAGUAUAUUGGUAAAUACUUUUAACCCAACCCUAUUUUCGUAAUUAAUUAAUUAAUGAACAUUAAUUCGAAAAAAACUCACUCUAAUAUUUGGAGUAAAAAGAUUUUUAUAAUCUAACUGAGUUUGGAAUCUGAUUCAUUUCUGUUAUAAUUACACCAUCUCACUUCCCAUACCAAGCCACCUUAUUUCAUUACUUCCACAUUAGUUCCUUCACUUUAUUCCAUUGAUAUCAAUGAUUUAGUAUAUCUAUGAUCUUUUCAUUCUGGAAUGACCAAAAUGGUUAAUAAAAUGUAGUCAUCUUCAUGUAUGUUUUAAUAAACAUAAUGACCAAAACAGUUCAAAUGUCAUUACUGCUUUGACCGGCAAUACAAAGAUAAUGUACAACUGCUUGCUAUUUUGGAUAAAAUAUUAAUUUGGAUAAAAUAUUAAUUUGGAUAAAAUAUUUUCUAAUUUAGUAAAAAUUUUAUAUGCACCAGGAAAUGAGCAGAGUAGUUUUCUUCAACAUUCUGCAACAGAAACAGAGAGAGCUGAGUUAAUAUCCAUUCUUGCAUGCCCUACAAUUCAAAAUGUCUUGAUAUUUCAAGACCAAAACAAUUUGGUGUGGGAUGUUGGUGUCCCGUUUUCUUUAUUUCAAACAUGUUGGGACCGGGGCUGUACUAGCCUCAUAGUUAGAAGGAUGAAUGACGGGAGGGUGUUUAUCCUCCCGAGAAAGCACAUAGCCUUUUUUGAAAGGCUUGUUAAAUCCCAAGCCGCAGACCCACUGGCGCCCGCAGACCUGCCAGCGCCCACAGACCUGGGGCCUGCAGAACCGAUGUCUGCAGACCCGACACCCAAUUGGGUGGAAAUGAGUUUGGUUGUCACUUUUGCCCUAAUCAAUAUUAAAAACAACAGCGAUGAUAUCCCCAAGCUCAUUCAAUUUUUGACUCAAGUGAAAAAGGUGGUCGAUUUAGCCUCCAAAAUUUGGAAUGCUUUCAACGGUAUGUUUAGAGGUUAAAUUUGAAAUUUAGUUAUAGCGUCUGGUGUAUGUCUGGUGUAUACAUUUGUUAGUGUGGUAAAAAGUGUACAUUGAAUAUUAAGCCAAAUAUACUUUUGGUUGUAACAUGAAUUUCUUGUAAUAAUGUGCUUCAUGGAUAUUUUUGGCCAUUUUUGAUAAACUUGGGAACAUUCCUUCGUGGAUCUUCCACCAUUGGAGAAUGUCAAAGUUGUCCCCUUCAUUAUAGUCAAAACUAAAUGUUAGAUAUAAAGAAAACUCGUUAAUUCGAGCUUUGGGCAAGAAGAGUAGAUUUACUUUUUUUCAAAAGACUAUAUCGUUGAUUUAAAAUGACAUUUUCGUUUGGAUGAAGAACUAGUUGAUUUCAGGAAAGGGGCAAGUUACCUAUAUUGUAUCCACCAACACGAUUUUGUUAAAACAACUUGAUUUUCUACAAUGCAAGAUGAUUUUUUGUCACCCAAUCUCAACUUUACAUGAAGUACUAGCUGGUAAGAAUGAGGGAGGAGGUCAUCAUGAAGCACACAUUAUUACAAGAAAUUCAGGUUACAACCAAAAGUAUAUUUGACUUAACAUUCAAUGUACACUUUUUACCACACUAACAAAUGUAUACACCAGACAUACACUAGACGCUAUAACUAAAUUUCAAAUUUAACCUUUAAACAUACCAUUGAAAGCCUUCCAAAUUUUGGUGGCUAAAUCGAUCACCUUUUCACUUGAGUCAAAAAUUGAAUGAGCUUGGGGAUAUCAUUGUUGUUUUUAAUACUGAUUAGGGCAAAACUUGCAAUCAAACUCAUUCCCACCCAGUUUGGCGGCUGGGUCUGCAGGCGCUAGGUCUGCAGGCCCCGGGUCUGUGGGUGCCGCCGGGUCUGCGGGCGCUGGUAGGUCUGCUGCUUGGGAUUGAACAAACCUUUCAAAAAAGGCUAUGUGCUUUCUCGGGAGGAUAAACACCCUCCCGUCAUUCAUCCGUCUAACUGUGAGGCUGGUAUGACCCCGAUCCCAACAUGUUUGCAAUAAAGAAAACGGGACACCAACAUUCCACACCAAAUUGUUUUGGUCUUGAAUUACCAAGGCAUUUUGAGUUGUAGGGCAUGCAAGAAGGGGUAUUAACUCACCUCUCUCCGUUUCCUGUUGAAGAAAACUACUCUGCUCAUUUCCUGGUGCAUAUAAAUUUUUUACUAAAUUAUAAAAUAUUUUAUCCAAAAUAGCAAGCAGUUGUACAUUAUUUUUGUAUUGCCGGUCAAAGCAAUAAUGACAUUUGAACUGUUUUAGUUGCGAGUAAAUACAGUCUAUAUUAAUUUAAGUUUCUCAUUUUUAUUCUUUUUUAAUUGUGCCAGUGUGCCACAAUUUUGAUAUUCUCCUCAUCUUUUAAUAUUUCUUUAGGUCAUAGAAAUGAAACACAUGUGCAGAAAAGGCAAUUAUGUUUGAGAAGUUUGUGAAUUUCAAGUGGGAAAAUCAAAUACACACAAUUUAAUAAACGUGAAGUGGAAUU